AUGGCUGACCUCGAGAAGUUGGACGCGAUACCACUGAGUUCCUUUUUCAGCUUGAGGGCCAACACCGAUUUUUGUAGGUACAAGUACGCUCUCAUGGUGUAUGGAAAUGAAAAGCUGACAAAAAUACUGUUAUCCAAAACUAUGGACAUAAAACGAGAGGAAGUCUUCAUCAGAGCUAAUAAGAAGUUGCGCAGCGAGAUGGUUACAAAUGCACCGUUUGAUGUAGACGUUGGUUCACCACAUGACUGCACAAUGGCAAUGGCUAUGAAGCGCACCGACUGUACGGCCUUAGUCGGUGAUGUGAUAUACCCAGGCGACGUAGACUUGAGAAAUGCAUGGUAUCGUAUUAAAAAGGUCUACGGUACUAUUACUGUAAACGAAAUAUGGGAGUACGAUUUGGGCUUCCUGAAAAACGUCACUGUUGACGGAUGGCAACGUGAGCAGCUGCAUUCCAUUCUGUCACCUUAUAAAGAGAAAACGAGCAAUUAUUGA